AGGCCACCCUCAGGCAGGGUCCCUACGGAGAGGUGUCCCUGUGGCCCGGAGCCCUGCUCUGCCACGUGGCUUCUUUUCCCGACAAAGGAGCCCCACCGCCCAGUGAGGAGGGUGGCGGUGGUGUGGUGGUGUGCCGGGAGGCCUGGUUCCUCAGAAGCCAUCCCCCUGCACCUCUUCUUGCCUGCUCAGGGCCCUUGCAGCCUCCAUGAAGGGCUCCCGGGCCGCCAGCGCUCCCUCCGGCCCCCCCGAGGGCAGCCCAGAAGGUGUGAACCUGAGCCUGACGGGCCUCCCUCCGCCUGUGUCCUGGCGCCCCAACAGCGCCUCCGCCGCCAAGCCUAUCGCCCGCUCCUUCUCCGCGGUCUCGGGCAGUGAGCCAAGGAGGAAGGCACUGGAGGCCACAGGGCCAGGAGGUUCCCGAACCAUCAACAACCUUCGCAGAUCUAACAGCGCCACGCACGUCCACCAGCCACCAGCCGGUCAGGCGUGGACUGGCCCCCUCAGGCCAGCCGAGGACCCCCACUUUCUGACACUCUUUGAGGGCAGCCCUGGUGGGAAAAAGAGGCUGACCGGUCUAAGCAAGGCCCCCAGCGAGAGGGGAGCCACGUGGAAUGUCCUGUGUCCUCGACAGGAUGACCACCCCAGGGCCUUCGACUCGCCACCCGACUCCGGGAGUCCUGGCACCCUCAGCGCGCCGGUGGGCCCACGGAGGAGAGAGUGCACCGUUCCCCUGGCCCCCAACUUCACUGCCAACAACAGGAGCAACAAGGGUGCCGUGGGCAACCGCGUCACCACCAUGCUGCACAACCGCUACACCCCCUCGGAGAAGGCGCCACCGCCCAAGAGCUCCAACCACACGGCUCCCUCCCUCAACAAUAUCCUCAAGGCGGCCACCGGUGAGGGGGAGAGCGGUGGCUCCGGGAAGCCACACAAGAACUUUUCCAGCAGCAACCACGUGGCCCAGAACAACGCCGGGGCCACCCCAGGCCUGCUCAGACGGAAGGAGGUGACAGAGGAGGAGGCCGAGAGGUUUAUCCACCAGGUGAACCGGGCUGCUGUCACCAUCCAGCGAUGGUACCGCCAGCAGGUGCAGAGGCGCCAGGCCAGAGCCGCCCGCCGGGAGCACCUGCUCGCGCCGAAGCGAGAGGAACAGCGGCAGCAGCUGGGAGACAGGAACGUGCCGGACCUGCAGCAACAGAAGGAGGCGGCCAGGAGGAAGGUCCGGGAGGAGAAGGCGCGCCAGGCCAGGCGACUGGCCGUUCAGGAGCUCCAGCAGCAGAAGCGAGCCCAGAAGUCAGGCGACCCUGAGCCUGGGCUGCAGAAGGAAGCGCGAGAGACCGAGAAGCCCCAGCCCGCUCAAGAGUCCGCCCUGAGGCCGGGCAGCACCGCUCGGGCCCACCGGACCCACAAGGCCAAUAACACCAGUGCGGGAGCUGGCUUCCGUUCCUCAGGCGCAGAGGACCCCUGCCAUCCAGCCUCCAACUCCUCCCCAGAGCCCCGGCAGUUUCCAGAGAACAAGCCUCAGGAUGCCGGCUCCCAGGACGUGGCCAGUGAGGAUCUGGAGGUGGUGGGCCCUGCCAAGGUCAAGGCCCAGUCCAGGGCGACCCUGGACGAGCUGCUGGCCACGCUAAGGCUGCUGGAGGAGGAGCCCGAGCCGCUGCCCAACCCCAGGGCCUAUCACAAGGACAAAUACUCCUGGACCGACGAGGAGGACGAUGCCAGCUCCCUGACAGCAGACAACCUGGAGAGGUUUGGGAGGCUCGGCACGUGUGCCAGUCCCCCCGAAGACGGGACUCUGCUCUCGGAGGCCAAGCUGCAGAGUAUCAUGAGCUUUCUGCACGAGAUGGAGAAGUCGGGCCAGGACCGGCCGGCCUCAGCCCCUCAGGGGCUGGUGCCGGACGAGGGGCGCCUGGAGCCCACGUCCACGGUGAGCUCGUCUGUGAUGCGGCUGAAGCUGGAGGUGGAAGAGAAGAAGCAGGCAGUGGGGCUGCUGCAGAAAGCCCUGGUGCAGCAGCGGGACCUCACCGUCCGGCGGGUCAAGGAGACUGAGAAGGAGCUGGGCCGGCAGCUGCGGCAGCAGAGGGACCACUACGAGGCCACCAUCCAGCGGCAUCUGUCUUUCAUUGACCAGCUGAUUGAAGACAAGAAGGCCCUGGCAGAGAGGUGCGAGGCCGUGGUGGCGGAGCUGAAGCAGGGGGACCAGAGGCGCAGGGACAGGGAGGCCCAGGUGCAGGAACAGCAUGAGCUGGAGAUUAAGAAACUCAAAGAACUAAUGAGUGCCACUGAGAAAGUCCGCAGAGAGAAGUGGAUCAAUGAGAAAACCCGAAAAAUCAAGGAAAUUACAGUCCGAGGCCUGGAGCCGGAGAUCCAGAAGCUGAUCGCCAAGCAUAAGCAGGAGCUGAAGAAGCUCAAGGGCCUGCACGAGGCGGAGCUGCUGCAGGCGGACGCGCGCGCGGCGCAGCGCUACGGCCGCCAGGUGGAGGAGCUGCGGGAGCACCUGGAGCGCGAGAAGGAGGCGCUGGGCCAGCAGGAGCGGGAGCGCGCCCAGCAGCGCUUCGAGCAGCACGUGGAGCAGGAGCAGCGGGCCCUGCAGCAGCAGCGACGGCGGCUCUACGGCGAGGUGGCCGAGGAAAAGGAGCGGCUGGGCCAGCAGGCAGCCAGGCAGCGGGCAGAGCUGGAGGAGCUGAGGCAGCAGCUGGAGGAGAGCAGCGCUGCCGAGGGCCGGGCCCUCAGGGCCGAGUUUGAGAAGGGGAGAGAGGAACAGGAGCGCCGGCACCAGAUGGAGAUGAAGGCCCUGAAGGACCAGCUGGAGGUGGAGCGACAGAUGUGGGAGGCCAGCUGUGCCAAGAAGGAGGAGGCGUGGCUGCUGACCCGGGAACGCGAGCUGAGGGAAGAAAUCCGGAGAGGCCGGGACGAGGAGAUCGAGCUGGUCAUCCGCCGGCUGGAGGCAGACAUGACGCGCGCCAGGGAGGAGAGCGAGCGGGCCGCCGAGAGCCGCGUCAGGCGCAUCCGGGACAAGUACGAGACGGAGCUCUCGGAGCUGGAGCAGUCCGAGCGGAAGCUGCAGGAACGGUGUGCGGAGCUGAAGGGGCGCCUCGGGGAGGCCGAGGGGGAGAACCUGCGUCUGCAGGGCCUGGUGCGGCAGAAGGAGAGGGAGCUGGCCGACGCGGCGGCGGUGAACGAGCAGCUGGUCGGCGAGCGGAGCGGCCUGGCCGAGGUGCUCCGCCAGGAGUUCGCCGACCGCCUGGCAGCCUCCGAGGAGGAGACCCGGCAGGCCAGGGCCCAGCUGGAGCAGCUGACCCGGGAGAAGCAGGCGGAGCUGGAGGAGGUGCACGGGAGGGUGAAGGUGGCCCUGGCAAAGAAGGAGGAGGCGGUGCGCGGCCUCCGGAAGCAGCACGAGGCCGCCGUGAAGCGGGCCGACCAGCUGGAGGAGCUGUUGGAGCAGCGCAGGCGGCCGUUCCCGAGCGCCAAGUGACCGAGAGCAGCCCGGACCGGCGGGGACAGCAGGGCUGAGGGCGCCCGGCGGGGCGUGGCCCCCGUCAGGCCCUGGCCUUCCCUCCCCCUUCCCUCCCUCCGCCCCGAGCUCAGGUCAUCCUGAGGCUAGAGCGCCGGGGCUGCAUUUUAACAGUAAAGAGGUGUUUUUAGUACUGGUGUGAUUCUGCCUGAUCUCUCUCUCCUGGGCG